AUGAAUUCCAGCACCGAACCCCUAGAAGGCAGUUUCGCGGGCUUUGCCUCCACAGAUGAGGAUACUAUUGGGGCGGGCGGUAAUGGCCAAUUUUCGAGCACUCUUGCUUCGGCAUUGCUGAAGUUUGGACGAUCCACUAGUUGUGGCUCUCACACAACGAGUGCUGGGACAACUAGCAACAUCACUGGCAAGCUGUGCGAGGCAACCGAGAGCGAUGCUGGGACUGCAGUUCUUUCGCAGGACGCUCCUUCCCCACUUGCCGGACGUACAACUGUGAUGGUGAAGUACGUCCCAAUCAAGUACACGCAAAGAAAGCUCCUUCGGGAGUUUCUGAGUGCUGGCUUCCAGGGCAAGAUGGAUUUUAUCUACUUGCCCAUGGAUCCGCGAAGUCGCUGUAGCCGUGGGUUUGCGUUUUGCAACUUCCAGAGCCCAGAGGUUGCUCAACAAUUCUACAGAACAUUCCACAGGAAGUUUCUCAAGAGCUACGAGUCAGAGAUGGCGCUAGAGGUGGCUGCUGCAGAAAUACAAGGCUUCGAAGCAAAUGCUGAGCACUACCUUGACGUCAAGGCCAGUCGGAAGGACAAAGGUCGUGACACCUUCGGUUGCCCGACGUUCCUCCGUCCUCUACCAAAGUAUUUAUUGGCUCAGCUUCGGCAGGUAGAGGACGCUUCCCCGGAUUCCAAACGGAUCGAUGCUCGCGGUUUGGGCCUCUUGAGGCCUGAGAUGAAUAUGGGAGCGCAAGGCUCUGAAAGGCGCGUCCAACGAGCACCCUUUGGAGAACCCAAAGUCAGGCCACAGGUCUACGCAUCACAGGUGGCUUUUCCUGAAGCAAGCCAGCUGGCUCUUUGCAGUCGCUGCGGACGCAGGAUGCCGAACUCGUUCGUUUGCCACACUUGUGGUCAUCAAGCAAUCUCUUCAGAUGCUCAUCUGGAGCAGCUAGCCUUCAGUCAGUCCUUUUGGAUUUGA